ACAAGAAGCCUCUGCACUUGGCCAUUUAGUUGAGAACGGUCUUUUUAGGUGAAUACUAGUACUACUAACACUACUACUCGAAACGAUAUUGACACAUAAGUGUGUUGUAGAAAAUUUUGUAUUGAAGUUUCAAAUUUAAAGAAAAAUUCGAAAUGCCUAAGGUUGAUCCGGAAAUUCAAAAGCUUUACGAUGAAAUCAAUGGAAUGAUAGAUAAAUUUAAGGAGGAUCAAAAGGCCAAGGCCGAUUGCACACUCCAGGAGAAAUGUGGCGACAUGGCGGAUAUACCCAAAAUACGCUUAGCGCCCAAAAAAGUUUUAAAGGGUCACAUCAACAAAGUGAACUCGGUACAUUUUGCAGGAGAUUCCCGACACUGUGUUACUGGCUCACUGGAUGGCAAAUUAAUUAUAUGGGACACAUGGACAGCAAAUAAAGUACAAAUUAUUCCCCUCAGAUCAGCUUGGGUUAUGACAGUGGCUUUCUCUCCUUCGGGUAAUUUUGUUGCCUGCGGCGGUAUGGAUAACCAAUGUACAGUCUAUGAUGUCAACAAUCGCGAUGCCUCGGGAGUGGCUAAAUUGACCAGAGAAUUAUUGGGCUAUGAAGGUUUUCUUAGCUCUUGCAGAUUUCUAGAUGACACCCAUUUGAUAACCGGUUCAGGCGACAUGAAAAUAUGUCAUUGGGAUUUGGAAAAGGGCGUCAAGACCAUGGAUUUCAAUGGCCAUGCUGGUGAUAUUGCCGGUUUGUCGCUAUCGCCUGACAUGAAAACCUAUAUAACAGGCUCCGUAGAUAAAACAGCAAAACUUUGGGAUGUACGCGAGGAGGUACACAAACAGAUGUUCUUUGGCCAUGAAAUGGAUGUCAAUUCAGUUUGUUAUCAUCCGAAUGGUGUAUCUUUUGCUUCAGCCUCUGAGGAUCAAACAGCUCGCAUGUACGACAUACGGGCCGAUCAACAAAUCGCCUUGUAUGAGCCACCUCAAAAGAAUACCGGUUUUACUUCUUGUGCUCUUUCCACCAGUGGACGUUAUCUGCUCUGCUCUGGCAUUGAGGGCAAUAUUCAUUCUUUUGAUACCAUGAAAGUAGCCCAUAAUGGUAUGAUGGCUGGCCAUGAAAAUCGAAUAACUUGCAUAAGUUUGUCACCCAAUGGCAUGUGCUUGGCCUCUACCAGCUGGGAUCAACAAGUACGCCUAUGGCUAUAAAUUAUGGUGGUUUGGUUUUGACAAACUCUUUGAUCUCUUUAUAACUUGUGAACAUUAUAAUAUUUGUUAAACAAAAAAAAAAAUAAAUAUAAACAUAAAACUUUAAAAAUUAAAUAA